AUGGGUGUCAACGACCAUGAUGUCACUGUACCGCUUCAAGUGGAGCGUCAACCAAUUCCAGAGGGCCGCCUGACCCGAUGCCUUGCCUUCUCCGCCUUUGUCAUCACAUUGGCCUCGUUCCAGUUCGGAUAUCAUAUUGGAUGUGUUAAUGCGCCAGGAGGGCUAAUCACUGAAUGGAUCAUCGGAUCUCACAAAGAUCUGUUCGACAAAGAGCUCACCAGAGAGAAUGCAGAUUUGGCAUGGUCCGUCGCUGUCUCGGUGUUCGCCGUCGGUGGAAUGGCUGGAGGUCUUCUCUCCGGAUGGUUGGCCGAUAAAGUCGGACGGCGUGGAGCUCUUUUCUACAAUAAUAUUUUAGCACUGGCAGCGGCUGCGUUGAUGGGAUUGGCGAAAUCUGUGGGAGCCUAUCCGAUGAUCAUUUUGGGACGAUUAAUUAUUGGUUUCAAUUGUGGACUCUCCUCGGGCCUCGUCCCAAUGUAUCUUACCGAAAUCUCCCCCGUCAACCUUCGCGGAAUGCUCGGAUCCCUUCCCCAACUCUUUGUCACCAUCGCCAUCCUCGUUUCACAAAUCUUUGGACUUCCUCAUCUACUCGGAACCGGUGACCGUUGGCCACUCAUCUUCGCGUUCACCGUCGUACCGGCCGUCCUUCAGUUGGCUCUCCUUCUCAUGUGCCCAGAAUCGCCAAAAUACACUAUGGGUGUGCGUGGAGACCGAGAAGCCGCCGAGAAUGCACUCAAAAAACUUCGCGGCACCAACGAUGUCGCCGCCGAGAUUCAAGCUAUGGACGACGAGGCGCAAGCAGCAAGAAACCAACAGAAACCAAAUAUGGGAGCCAUGUUUAAGGGCGCUCUCGCCUGGCCAAUGUCGAUCGCCAUCAUGAUGAUGUUGGCUCAACAACUGUCCGGUAUCAACGUCGCCAUGUUCUACUCUACAGUAAUCUUCCGCGGGGCGGGGCUUACCGGAAACGAGCCAUUCUACGCGACAAUCGGAAUGGGAGCUGUCAAUGUGAUCAUGACUUUGAUCUCCGUCUGGUUAGUGGAUCACCCGAAAUUCGGACGUCGUUCCCUUCUAUUGGCUGGGUUGACUGGAAUGUUCUUCUCGACACUUCUUCUUGUUGGUGCGCUGACUCUUCAGAAUCAAGGAGCUGAUUAUAAAUGGGCAUCGUACUCGGCCAUCGUGCUCGUCCUCCUCUUCGUCAUCUCAUUUGCCACCGGACCCGGCGCCAUUCCAUGGUUCUUCGUCUCCGAGAUCUUUGACUCGUCGGCUCGUGGAAAUGCGAACUCGAUUGCUGUCAUGGUUAAUUGGGCAGCCAAUUUGUUGGUUGGAUUGACCUUCUUGCCAAUUAACAACGCCCUCGGUCAGUUCUCGUUCUUCAUCUUCUCCGGAUGCUUGGCCUUCUUCAUUGUCUACACAUGGAAAUUCGUUCCGGAGACGAAAGGAAAGUCGAUUGAACAAAUUCAACACGAAUUUGAAAACCGAAAGAAGUAA